AUUGCCCGUUUCACACUCUCCACGUGUGGUGCGUUUAUUGUGUCCACGUUUGUGAUCAGAGGUUAUGCUCACACAAUUGUCGAUAUUAUUAAUGCAAUAAUAGUGAAUCAAUAAUAAAACAAUGGGUAAAAAGACAAAAAUUGGAAAGCAUAGGAAGGAUAGGUUCUAUCAACUUGCUAAAGAGACAGGUUAUAGAUCUCGAGCAGCCUUCAAGCUCAUCCAAUUGAACCGUAAAUUCGAGUUCCUGCAGAAGUCUCGAGUAUGCAUAGACCUGUGUGCAGCUCCUGGAGGAUGGAUGCAGGUUGCCAGGCAGAACAUGCCAGUGUCAUCGAUUGUCAUUGGUGUAGAUUUAUUUCCCAUAAAGCAAAUCCCCGGGUGUAUCAGUCUGACAGAGGACAUAACAACAGACAAAUGUAGAGUAGCUGUAUCGAGAGAGCUAAAAACCUGGAAAGCUGAUGUUGUCCUCAAUGAUGGCGCCCCCAAUGUCGGUCAAAAUUGGCUGCACGAUGCCUAUCAGCAGGCAGUCCUUACUCUGGCAGCUACCAAGAUGGCCUCCCAAUUCCUGAGACCUGGCGGCUGGUUCGUAACAAAAGUAUUCAGGUCUAAGGACUAUCAUCCAUUAAUUUGGGUACUGAAACAACUCUUCAAGAAAGUUCAUGCGACGAAACCUCAGGCGUCUCGUAACGAAUCAGCUGAGAUAUUCGUUGUUUGUCAGUACUACAUCGCACCAGACAAAUUGGAUCCCAAGUUCUUCGACCCUAAAUAUGUUUUUUCCGAGUUGGAUAUCGAUCCUGCGAACAAACUCAAUGUAUUCCAUCCUGAGAACCAAAAGAAGGCGAAGGCUGAGGGCUAUCCUGAGAAUGAUUACACUCUUUAUCACCCAGUUUUAGCGUCUGACUUCAUCGCAAAUGAGGAUGCCAUUGAGGGCCUGCAGAAUGCCUCUGCAAUUACCUUCGAUGAUGACAGAAUUACGAAUCAUCCAAAAACCACUACUGAGGUGCGAGAGUGUUGCAAAGACAUUAAAGUCUUGGGGAGAAAGGACUUGAGGUUGAUCCUGGCCUGGUGGAAGGCUCUCCAUGCAGAAUUCCACUCGAAGCCUGAAGUUGAGGAAAAGGAAAAUAUUCCAGUGGAAGAUGAGGGGGAGAAGCCGGAGGAGCUGGACGAGGACGAGAAAGAGGAACAAGAGAUUGAUGAAGAGAUUCAGAAGUUGAAGGCAGAGGCAGCGCGGGAGUUGAAGCGAAAAAAGAAGAAGGUGAGCAAGGAGAGGAUCAAACUGAACGAACGGUUGAACCUGAAGAUGGUGCACAAGGGUGACGAGGGACCGAAGCUCGAAGGGGAUGACAUGUUUACGUUGAAAGAGAUUCAGACCAUGGAGCAACUGGAUAUUGUAACGAAUUCAGCUCCAGAAGUAGUGGCUGACAGCGACGUGGACUCUGAUAAUGAGGUGAAGUUACCACGGAGACUCAAAUAUGACAAAGAAGGGGGCCACUUAGACAGUUCAGGAACUUAUUACAAGAGUGACGAGAGCGAAGUGGAGAAUUCGGAAGAAGAUUCAGACAGCGAGAGAUCGGGAAUGGGACUCAGUGAUUCUGAGGACGAGGGAAAAAGCAAGAAGCUAAAGAAGAGGGUAAAAUUCGAGGAUGAAUCAUCGAAUCCACUGAUCACUGAUCUGGAUGGCAGAGAUAAAAAGGCGAAGAAGAUUCAUAAAGCUGAGUUGUGGUUUGAGAAAGACGUUUUUAAAGAUCUAGAGCAAGAGGGGGACGAGGAUUAUGAGCUGGAUAAGAUGGUGGAGGAGUUCCAGAAGAAGGGAGUGAAGGUUAUUGGAGAGGACAAUUCAAAACAGUCUAAAAAGCCUACUGUAAAGACUGACAAGUCCAGGAAGUUGAAGAAAGGCAAUGAUUCUGAUUCUGAUUAUGACAUCGAGGAGUUCACGUCCUCUGAAAAAUCUCAAAAGAGGGGAAAGAAAGUCGGGGGACAGGAUGGGUUUGAGGUUGUAUCCAAAGAAGCCACGAUCAAGUCGUCGAAGAGAAAAUUGAAUGACGAGGAUCUGGCUCUGGGUUCCCUACUCGUGCAGAGUAAAAAAUCCAAGAGAGAUUUGAUAGAUGGUGCUUGGAACAGGUACGCCUUCAACGACGACCAUUUGCCGGACUGGUUCGUUCAGGACGAGGAGAAACACAUGACGAAGGAGGCACCAGUGCCGAAGGAACUCGUGGACGAAUACAAAAAGAGGGUGGAGGAUUUGAAUGUCAGACCGAUAAAGAAAGUUCUGGAGGCUAAGGGAAGGAAAAAAAGGCGAGCAAUGAAGAAACUUGAGAAGGCCAAGAAGAAAGUGGAGGCAGUGAUGGAUAAUAACGAUAUCAGUGAGCAGGAAAAGGCCAAGCAAGUUAAAGCAUUGUACCGAAAUGCUAAGAAAGAACCGAAGAAGGAAGUGACGUACGUCGUCGCGAAGAAAAAUGGUGCGGCAAAGAGAGUUGCCCGGCCCGCGGGUGUCAAGGGACGUUUCAAAGUUGUUGAUGCACGAAUGAAAAAGGAUAUGCGCGCUGCAAAGGCCAAAGAGAAGACCAAGGGUCGUGGUAAGAAAACAGGAGGCAAAGCACCGCGUGGUAAGCCUCGAGCAAAAACAACGAAAGGUAGAAAAUAAUGAUAUUCAUUGAAAAGCGUAAUUUACGCUUUUAUUUUUCAAACAAAAUAAUUAAAAUAGGAACAUAAUGUAAAUAUACAUUUGAAAUACAGUACUUUUAUCUGCAA